AUGAGUAGCAGCGUCCCUGACAAGGGUGGAAUCAGAGACCAGAGGGGCAGCGCGGGUACUGCAGGGACAGCAAGGCAGCAACGCCGACUGGAGACACCCGGGGAAGCCCGCGCCCCGCCUGCGCCUCGGCGGCGCGCCGGGGAAGCCGGAGCCAGAGCGCAGAUCCAGCCGGGCGAGAGCGCAGGGCGCCGGCAUCCUCCACCGCUGCGUCUGUCCGUGGCGGCUGCGCGGGAGACAAAGCCUCGGGAGAAAGAUGCCCGCGGGACUCGCACCGGGUGGGCCAGGGAGCGGGCGCCUCCGAGUCUAAGUGCGCCCAGCUGUCCGUACGUUCCGGGGACGCCGAGGCCCCAGCGGGUCCAGUGGCAGGCGGGGCCCAGGUGCGCCCGAUCGCAGAGGGCCUGUGACUGCUCGGGGGGCGGCGCCCUCCCGCCGCAGCCGCAGUGGCCGGCGCCGCAGCGAGGAGCCUUGGGCAACAUCUCCUCUAACAUCUCGGCCUUCCAGUCCCUGCACAUCGUUAUGUUGGGCUUGGACUCUGCCGGCAAGACCACGGUGCUCUACCGGCUCAAGUUCAACGAGUUCGUGAACACGGUGCCCACCAUCGGCUUCAAUACCGAGAAGAUCAAACUGAGCAACGGCACCGCCAAGGGCAUCAGCUGCCACUUCUGGGACGUGGGCGGCCAGGAGAAGCUACGGCCGCUGUGGAAGUCCUACAGCCGCUGCACGGACGGCAUCAUCUACGUGGUGGAUUCGGUGGACGUGGACCGGCUGGAGGAAGCCAAGACGGAGCUGCACAAGGUGACCAAGUUUGCGGAGAACCAGGGCACGCCGCUGCUGGUCAUCGCUAACAAGCAGGACCUGCCCAAGUCGCUGCCGGUGGCCGAGAUUGAGAAGCAGCUGGCGCUGCACGAGCUCAUCCCGGCCACCACCUACCAUGUCCAGCCGGCGUGCGCCAUCAUCGGCGAGGGCCUCACCGAAGGCAUGGACAAGCUGUAUGAGAUGAUCCUGAAACGCAGGAAGUCUCUCAAGCAGAAGAAGAAGCGGUAAUGCGUCCGGGCAGCGAUUGGGAACGAGGCUGAGCGAGAGAGCCACUGAGUGAAUGAAUGGACGUCUGGGUGAGCGAGAACCCGCGCCCGUGAACAAAGACAACGAACCAAAGCGAUGCUUCGAAUUUUUAAAACACGAUCUCUGUGUCCUAAUGCAAGACUUGGAGACUUAACCCGGGUGUGGAGGCUGCAUUACCACCUUGCUCGCCACCUGCCCCACCCCCCACCCCAGCUCAGGGGACCUUUUGUCUAAAUGCUUGAGCUACCUAUGGGGUGGGGUGGGGGGAACCGGCGGGGAGUGGACGUGAGGACGCGAGGGUCCGGUGGUGAGCCCUCUGGCCCCAGGUGGGAAGCUUGGAUGUCAGAGAGACAAAAGAGAUUUCUUCUUGCUCCAUCAGGGCCAGAAGUUCAGGCUGCCCAGCCCCCACUGCGGGGGGAAAUCACGUGUGAGUUACCUGAGGUAUGCAGUUCACAGAACUCUGGGGAUACCCCCGUGGGAGCGGGUAGGCACUGGGGUGUACUGAUGGGGGGUGGGGGAGGUGACCGCUCCUUGCAUUCUGGAGCUGUGCGAACUGAAUCGUUUUAUGUCGCAGGGCAGGCCCCUGUUUGCAGUUUCAUUUGUCCUGCUCUGGGCCCAAAGGAGGUGGUGGCGUGGGUCCGUCCGGUGGACUGCCUGGGACCAUGCGGCAGCCGGAGGCCCAGGGUGCUGCUGCGCUUCUGGCCUUGGCUGGGAAUGGCCUGGAAGACGCCACUAUCCAGGGGUGGGUGUGUGUGGUUUUGUUGAGAACUGCUGUUCAGCCUGGGAUGAGACCUUUUCCAGAUGGCCUAGGCCCU